ACAUGGCCGACAGCAUGCAACUCGUUUGAAAGACUACCAGAUGACACGUCGAUUCUUGCACGGAAUUGCAUGAAGUGGGGUCAUAAUGGUGGAAACGUCGAGGUGAAUCGAUGGGGAAGAUAUAGCGGUUAUGGAGGCAGCCGAAUACACAAUAAUGUUAUUAUAUGGGAAAAGAAGUACUACUUUUCCAGCCAGUCAUAUUAUUGUGAUGACUAUACUGGACCUACCUAUGGAGCACUCAAUGUUGGGGACAUUUGGGAAAUGUUUGUUCGUUAAAGUAAACAAACUGUAUUGAUGUCUAGAAGGUCUGAAGUCUCCUUCACGGUUCCCUGCGCCAUCUUGAAAGGUAGCCGUGCCUUUGCAUC